GUCAUGGAUAAUGGAUGUGGGUGCUUGCGUUGGGACUGGGCGGGGCCAGUGUGUGUGUCAUGUGGCCCGUGUGAACAGCAGGAGUGCCUGGAGAAGAAGAGAGAAGAAGUCCUGGAGGCCCCAGACAUGGCGACCGGCUGCAUGAGGACAGCCCGAGACACCGGCAAACACUGGCUGAUGGCCCAGGAGAGCAGCCGCUACCAGGAGAUGCCGGGGUGCCUGUCGGAGAAGGAGGCGGGCGUGACAGACCAGGAGAUGACGGGGUGCCUGUUGGAGAGGGAGGCGGGCCGGACAGACCAGGAGAUGCCGGGGUGCCUGUUGGAGAGGGAGGUGGGCCUGACAGACCAGGAGAUGCCGGGGUGCCUGUUGGAGAGGGAGGUGGGCCUGACAGACCAGGAGAUGCCGGGGUGCCUGUUGGAGAGGGAGGUGGGCCUGACAGACAAGGAGAUGCCGGGGUGCCUGUUGGAGAGGGAGGUGGGCCUGACAGACCAGGAGAUGCCGGGGUGCCUGUUGGAGAAGGAGGUGGGCCUGACAGACCAGAAGAUGCCAGGGUGCCUGUUGGAGAAGGAGGCGGGCCUGACAGACCAGGAGAUGCCGGGGUGCCUGUUGGAGAGGGAGGCGGGCCUGACAGACCAGGAGAUGCCGGGGUGCCUGUUGGAGAGGGAGGUGGGCCUGACAGUGGGCCUGACAGACCAGAAGAUGCCGGGGUGCCUUUUGGAGAAGGAGGCGGGUGUGGACACAGAAGAGAAACACGUCUUGGAGGAGGCCCUCAGCCAGGAGCAGCAGGACGACCAGCACAAGAAACCUCGUAGGAAAGACACCCCGGUGCUCAGUGCACCCCCACAUUUACCAGGAGUGAAACUGAUGAAGCAAGAGAAGCCCUUGAUCCAUUCGGAGGAUGAAGAGGAGGAGGCGCAGGAUUAGAGAGUUGUAGCGCUUUAGUCAGUGAUUCGUGUCUGUGCUUGAUAAAUGUUGUAUCUGCACCAGUUGAUAGCAUGCAGCUUUGCACCAGUGCACGCUUGCUACCUCGCUUUCAGAGUGUACACGCCAACGACCGCCUCUUUACGGAGGGCGGCACAAAGACUGACCGUCUGCCUGACGGCGCCGGGCCCGGCUGAUGCCUGGCACUUGAUUUUUGAUAACAGUCAACAUACGUGGUGUUGGAGGUAAUGAUUUUAAUAAAAUUGUUUCCAUUUCAUCGGACAAACACGCUGUUCUUUAU